AUGACGAGGAGGAAAAUUUUAUGGCCGCCCAUAUUGACUUUUCUCUUCUUCCUCUCAGUCACUGGUCACGCGGACUUAGUGGGUCUACCUAACCACGAAGCAUCCGAAAGUGGUCACACAAAAGGCAAAUUAUCGGAAACGGUUUCCGGCAAGCCCCAGAAGCCCCAUUUCGACGACGUAGGACCCAGAAACGUUACAGCGGUGGUGGGGCAAUCCACUAUAUUGAGUUGCAGGGUUAAACAUCCAGGAGACCGAACGGUAUCUUGGAUGCGUAAGCGUGAUCUGCAUAUUUUGACCUCCGGAAUACACACCUACACUGGAGACGGAAGAUUUAGUGUUCGCCAUCCUGAACACAGUGAUGACUGGGAUCUACACAUCGAUUACGUACAGAAAAGGGAUGCAGGAGUGUAUGAAUGUCAAGUGAAUACUGAACCUAAGAUUAGUCUACCUGUGAUGCUCUAUAUUGACGAUGCCCAAGCUAGCAUAACCGGUCCUACAGAAAUCUAUGUGAAGAAAGGAAGCACUAUUUCCUUAACAUGUACUGUCAAUGUGCAUUCAAUACCUCCAUCAUCAGUACUAUGGUAUCAUGGUCAUUCUAUUGUGGAUUUUGACUCACCUCGAGGUGGUAUCAGCUUGGAAACAGAAAAAACGGAAAUAGGUACCACCAGCAAGCUAUUGGUAACCAAGGCCCUACUAACAGACACGGGGAACUACACGUGCAUGCCAUCAAAUGCCAGUCCAGCGUCUGCAUUCGUGCACGUGCUCAACGGCGAACAUCCAGCAGCUAUGCAAACCAGCAAUAGCUACAGCUCAACUCCACUCAUAUCCCUGAUGAUGAUGUUGCUGAUCAUCACGAAAUCAAGCUGA